AUGGCACCACUUUUAUCCCUACUUGGCAAGCGUCAACGCGAAGACGAUGAACAAGACGAUCCAGCGCGGAAAAGAUCGCGUACGACAUGGAGUAAACCCCUGCGAGAAUUAGCGUCAAAUGUUGUUAAGCGAUUAUGCAAAGCGAAGUUUCAGUUGGGGAGUAGAUUAUGGAGAGAUGCGGCAACGGGCUGGCCGUGUGGUUAUGCCCCGCAUUCAAGGAUAGCACAUCAGAAGUUGAUCCCGGUCACCCCCUCUAGAGAUGCCACCCAGAGCGUGGUUCUGAAGGUGACAGACACCCCCGUUCCGGUCGAUGACGAUUCAUAUGUGCCCGCCUCUGGACACGAGAAUACUCCUGCCCCUCAAUCGGAGACGACGCGGAAGGCCGACCAGGUCCUCUCCGAUCUAAGGACUAUCAUGGAGAGAGAUGUCGGCCAGAAUAAACCCGAGGUCGUAGCGUUCUCCCUGCGCGCAAUGCUGGACGUUCGGGCCAGUUCCGAGACGGCUGGACGCAGCUUUCACGACGAACCCGAGGCAGUCGACGCCUUCUGCCGUAUACUUUGUGCAGGAGACCGCCCCCCAUCACCGCAAGAUUUCGCUCAAGCCUUCCUCGGCUACAAAGAACGCGAUCCGAACUUGUGCAGGACACAUCGUAAUCCGAGGGAACGCGAUGACUUGCUUAGCGAAGUCUACAUCGUCUUCCUCGCUCUCCACGGCGCGAACAUGGAUGAACUUGAGCGACGCUGCGGCGAGAGUGCGAGAGGAGCUACUGACCCGUCUGGGCGGACAUGGGACGACCUGAAGCAACAGUACAGGCAUCAAGGAGACGGCGAUCUAUGGACCCUGUACGAGGAGGCGGUUAACAACACUCAGGAGCGGAUACGCGAAGGUAGCUGGGAGCGCCGUCGGACGCGUGUCGUUGCCAGCACGUUUGUUCGUAGGACCACAUCCAAUACACCCAGCGACCAAGCCACCCGACGCUGCGCGCUGCCUGCAGUUGAUACCGAACAGGUUCGGCUGGACUGGUGGAGGACGUAUAUGCCAUACCUCUCUCUUGGGCUCGAACUCUCCCGGCGCCAGCUCAACAACAUCCCCGACGGCGAGAAAAAGUGGGAGCUUUACAUCGGGCAGAGCGUUCGUGGUACCGAACUGCGCCACCACGAGAAGAAGGCGCCGUUAAACUGGAAGAGGAAGAGGAUGCUUAUCGACGUACUCCUUCACCUCCUCGACUUAACGCGUCGCGAUACCGAGCCUUCAGAUAUCAUGCUCGGCACCGUAGUGCAGAUCUGGCGCCCCGAACCUCAUCAGAUUCCGCCGGGCUGGAACGAGGCGAUGUUCGUGCACCAGGUCACCACGACGAUCGAAGCCACCAUCAUCCACAUCGUCACCCGCGUUCACAUGCGCAACUUUCCCUUGUCUUCCAACGUCGAUAGGAACCCGUUCCGGUCUAGGUUUGCCCAGGAGAGGCAGAUCAUUCUGGAGCGUAUCCAUGAGAUUGAGCGGAGAAUACCUGCCGCGGUGGAGGGACUUCUUCAACACGUCGAUAACCCGGAGCAGUAUGAUCGCGACGAGAUCGGGGCCGACUGGCGGGCGCGGCAGGUAUGGGAAGCAAGAAAAUGUGGUCCACUAGCAGGGCUCUUCUUCGCGAACCACGUCCCCGGCCUCUUACCUGGCGUGGAUAUGCGGAAGCUCACGCAGAAAGUGAGCGUCGAUGAAGAAGUCUUCACAUGCGACGGCAGAAGGUCCCACAUAGAGAGGAUCAUACCCCUUCGGCCAUAUCGCAAGGACGUUGGGUCUCCCGUCCAGCAUGUGCAUAUCGAAGUGCAGCCGCACGGAUCCAGGCGUUGGCGGUUCGUUUUCUUCAGGAUGGUCGAAGGCACAAGGGAGGAUCUCGCGCACUGGGAUAGCUCAUCGCACUCGGAUGAAGAAGAGGAGACGCUAUGGCUACUAGCGCGCAAACACAGGACUAUCACUCAAGCCGCUCUCACGGCGCGACUCUCACCGUCUGCGUUCCCGCGGCCGGCACGGUUUGCGGCCUGCAUAGGAUCAUCACCCGAAACAGGUAUCCCGGCUACCUUACGCGCCAUCUCGAGCAACGAGAUGGAAGGGACGAACUACGGUGUCGAACGACCGACCGACAACAGACAGUACUACAUGCUCCAGAUGGAUCUCGCGCCCGGUGUAUGGCCUGGCUCGCAUCGCGGCCCACCUGUGCGGCUCUGUCACCUCUUCCCUCGCAAAGCCGGCAGAGGUAACCCGAGCCGUGAACGCUGCUAUCGCUUCUCUGUCCUCCGGUACUACGAUGCCAGCUAUCCGCGGAAGUAUCGGCCUUGCGUUGUGUACAUCGCUAGAGGCCGGUUGAACGCUGCAUUUCGACCCGCGGAUGGACGGGAGGAGUUCCCUGAACCCUUCCUUAGCCUGCCUGUGCGGCUCGACUGCGAUUCGCUUUACGACGCUUUGCCAUCUGGUACUUCCGUUUGGCAGCCGCGAUGUGAGGGUCGGGCGAAUGGCGACGCGUACCCUGAUGAGCUGGACCUCGGGAAGGUCUCGGCUGUCGCAGAUGACACUCGGAAGAUCAUCCACCAUGUCAUUCAACGGUCCGCUCUUCUUUGA